AUGUUUACUGUUGUUCUCAGUGUUGUUUUACUCACCUUGCCAAAUGGUUUUCUAUCAUGUAACAAUAGAAGGAAUGAUAUAAAUCUUGUGGAACUCUUGCAUAAUAAGUUUAUAAAUGACUCCGGGAUAGACAACUUGUACGAGUACACAAAUUCUACCUGGGUGCAAUCCCUGACAGGGCUCUACAAUGAGAGUAAAGUAUCGAGUUGUUGGACAGAAGUACGUCGUAGUCUAAAUAAUAAAGAUCUAUCAGUUAAUGUAGAUCCAGAAGUUUAUAUGAACGUGAGUGAACUAAUCACCAGUAAAGAAUAUCCAUGUGAAGACCACUACGUCACAACGUUUGAUGGAUAUAUUUUGUCACUACAAAGAAUACCUUUUGGAAAUGUGCAAAAUAAAACUACAGGUGGGAGACCUGUGGUGUUUCUACAACAUGGUCUGCUUGGUGACGGCACCAACUGGGUUACUAAUUUAGUAAAUCAGAGCUUUGCGUUUAUCCUGGCGGAUGCUGGAUAUGAUGUAUGGAUUGGAAAUCUCAGAGGGACUACUUACAGUAAAAAACAUGUGAAUUUGUCACCAAAGCGGAGACAAUUUUGGAAAUGGAGUUGGGAUGAAAUGGCCAAAUAUGAUGUACCAGCGAUGAUAAACUACGCCCUAAAAAUCAGUCGUCAGAGUCAGCUAUAUUACAUCGGACACUCUCAAGGGACGACCGUUGGAUUUGCGUCAUUUUCAAGUAACGCUGACAUUGCUAAGAAAGUGAAGCUGUUUAUUGCGUUUGGUCCAGUAACAACCACCGAACACAUCUCAAGUCCAAUCCGGAUAUUUUCUGAUAGUUAUCUCUAUAAACCUAUUGAAGAUGUGUUGAAAUUGCUAAACUUGCAUGAGUUUUUACCAACUGGUGAAUUUUUUGACUUCCUUGCACGGGUGUGUGCAUAUGAAAAACUUGGCAUCUUGUGUGAAAGCGUACUAUUCAUGCUUGAAGGUUAUGACUGUCAUCGUAUGAACACAUCCCGAAUACCGAUAUAUCUGGGACACACACCAGCUGGAACAUCAUUACAAAACAUAGUACACUGGAUGCAGAUGAUACAGUCUGGUAAAUUUCAAAUGUACAACUAUGGAUUAAUAGAAAACCUUGUACACUACAAACAGAUACGACCACCUGUAUAUGACGUGGGUGCCAUGGAAACGCCUGUAGCUUUAUACUGGGGAGAAUGGGACAUGCUAGCAGAUCCAUUAGAUGUUGAACUACUUAUACCAAAACUUAAGAAUAUUGUUGUUAAACGUAAAUUGGAAAGAUUUGAUCAUUUUGACUUUGUUUGGGCAAUGGAUGCAAUAUACGUGCUGUAUAAUGAUGUCAUCAAACUUAUGCAACAAUAUUAA